AUCUUUAGUAAACCCUUCUUAAAUGACUUGUUUGAUGAUAAAUAUCAUAUUACAGAGUAUAAGCUAAAAACUUAAAAGUGCAAACAAAUUAUUAUGUCAUGAAUGACAGCCCUGAUGAAUCUGUACCAAGUCUGUCUUCGUAUCCUCCGGCUUUUGUCUCUUUGAUAACAACAUUCAUCAAGAGGGCGGAGGAGGCUGAGACUAGAGCGCACAAAUCGUUGGUCAUACUCAAAUCCAAAGACAACCAAGUGAACCAGCUUCAACAAAGGAUGGAGGUCCUUGAAAACAUUGCUUGCAGACUGGAAGAAGUCGUUCCUCCAUUGAAUCUGCCAAAGUCGCCACAGUCUGAACUAUAUAGUCCAAGAGACGUCAGUAAAUGUGCAAGUGGUAACCCUCCAUUGGAAACCCUGUACGAACGAUGCACUAGCAUUUACAAUAAAGAAUCGAAAAAUAAAAAUGGGCACAACUGUUAUGAAAAGUGUCAGAAUUUAAUAGACGGUCUCGAACGGUCCAAUUGUCAACUGAGAGAGGCUCUGAUAAAGGAGAGACAAGAAAGAGUGAAAGAUCAUGAACGAUACAUGGCAAGUAAUCUUGAUAAGAACUCUCAGACUUGCGAGGAUCUACAAAAUAAACACACUGAAGAGCAGCUAAGCUCUGAAAAUAAAAUCUUUGGUAAAACACAAUUCGUUAGUAGAGCUGCUGGAGAUUGUAACAGUACAGGAAUCAAAAGUGAAUGCAUCAGAAUUAAUUGUCCAGAAAGAGAAAAAAAUAUGGCUGUAGUUGACAAACAUGACUUAAAAAACAAAGUUGAUUUAGCAGAAAGCAUUAUUUCAGUUUUAAAACACAGGCUAGAAGACAAACGUGGUAAGAGGCUCAAAAAUUCAAAAAGGAAAAAUGAAAAGUCUGCAUACAAAGUAUUUUCAAAAGCAUCAUCAAUAUCUUUCCAUUCUCCUAAUUCAUCUAGCACCUCUAGAUCAAACCGAUUUUCUUCUCGGUGUUUUUUAAAUGUGUUAAGAAAGCAAAAUAAAAAAUUGAAAAGUAAAUACAACAUCUUGUGUGAGAAAUACACUGAAUGCUUGUCGCUUUGUGAGAAACUACAAAAGGAACUUAUUUGUUUUAAAAACAAAAAUAAAACAAUAGGGCAGACCGGAUUAAAAUUUGAUCUGACUACAGAGUCUACUCAAACUGAAGAUCUUUUCUUUCUUCCGAUACAGAACAGUCAAGAUAAACAACAGUCAACCAGAUCCGUAAACAUCUUACAAGGCCGUUUGGAAGCAGCAGCCAAGGUAAUGGCAAAACAGUGCAAGCAAAUUCAAAAUCUACAGAAACAAUUAGGAGAAAGCUUUACACAAGUGGAAUGUCUCAAAAAGAGAUUAGCCAGAGCUGAAUCUACAGCUACAGCAAAGAAAGUCUUAGGAGAAACCACUCAAAAGCAACUUCAAGACAUAGAACAAAGAAAUUCAGCACUAACCCAAGAAAGACAAAUGGUUAAAGACUCUUGUCACCAACUCAGACAAGAAUUAGCAAUUCAAGUAGAGGAAAGCAAUAAAAUAAAGAGAGAAAAAGAAAUAUGCGAACAUCAAUUCAAAGAAAUGAAAUUAUCAUUGGAAACAAAACUAGUCUCUCUUAGCUCUGCUUUGCAGCAAAAAGAACAACUCAAUUGUCAAAUGACAAAUGAGCUGCAGAACAAGCUGAGUUUACUUAGAGAACAAUUCAUCGCUCAGGUGACAGAAGCGAGUGACCGUUUGGUGGCGGCUGACUUCAAGAUACAAGAACUUUACUUGGGUAUCGAGACGUUCUUGAAGCUCUUGUUUUCUCUCAACUCACCCGAGCUUUCUCCAUCUUCCCAAGCCCAAGCCGUGCAAGUAGCCAGCGACAUCCUCCAACUACCAACAUCUGAGGUGCAGACGAUUCUACACACCUCGAGGUAUGACCUACGAGUUGGUAAAUGGAUCAGGGAGUGCAACAGAAUUGUACAUGAAAAGGUUUUUGCCAAAACAUUGGGUAACCUUCUACUUGAUGCGGUUUUAGAAUCAAAGAUCACUUGAUGGAAUCUUGUUGGAAAUUAUUUUUUGAAGAUCCAAAGGUCUAUAAUUUUAAUUGGGUCAAAGUUUACCAUCAGUUUUACUAAUGUAAAAUUUUCCAGUUAGACAAUGAAAAAUAGGUACAGUACGAAGUAGUAGACAAAGAAAGCAUAUAAAGUAUAAGGCAUUAAAAGAUUAAAUUCAGUAAAUGUCAUUAAAAUUUA